AUGCCUCGGCUGCCAGGGAUUCCCCACGACCACAUCCCCGACAUCGAGCUAAAACCCCACAGCAAAUGUCCACGACGAGAACGCCACUCAGAGAGUCUGGGUCAUGAGCAACAGCAAAACCUCUCACAGUUCCCCCGCCAUUUCGAGGACACUACAAUUAUUGACCUUCGCUACCUGCACGUGUACCAACAGUGCUUUAUGACACCCAUUGUUGGCUUGUUUGUUCAAAGUUCCACCACGGCCAUGCCUCCUCAAAACUACAAGUUUGAAGGGUGGGUAGGCCACGAUCCCUCUUCUGCGGAAGGUAAGAUGGUCUGGUCCGAGUUUCAACCGAAGCGCUGGGAGGACACCGAUAUAGACAUCAGGAUUACGCAUUGUGGAAUGUGUGGCAGCGAUAUCCAUACCUUGCGAUCCGGCUGGUAUCCGGCACCCUAUCCCAUCAUUGUUGGUCAUGAGAUAGUUGGGGAAGUGGUCCGAGUAGGACCCAAGGCGGUAGGGAACCACAAGGUCGGCGAUCGAGUAGGCGUAGGCUGCUUGACGGACAACUGCGAAGGACUCAACAAGCCGGCCUGCGAAAGCUGCGCUUCUGGCGAGGAGCAGUUCUGCCCCAAGGCCCGCUGGACAUAUCCCGGCCCGCACCACAACGGUGACAAGGGUUAUGGUGGUUAUGCGACUUAUCAUCGGUGUCCCGGGCGGUUUGCGUUCAAGAUACCGACCGCGCUGGAGUCGAAGCAGGCGGCGACCAUGAUGUGUGCCGGAGUUACCAUGUACUCACCAUUGAAGCAAUGGGGAUGCGGCCCGGGCAAGAAGGUCGGCAUCAUUGGUUUGGGAGGACUGGGACAUUACGGAGUCUUGUUGGCCAAAGCCAUGGGAGCAGACCUCGUAGUUGCGAUUUCAAGAAAGGGGAACAAGCGCGCCCAGGCGCUGCAGCUUGGGGCAGAUGACUAUCUUGCCACCGACGAGGAUAAAGGCUGGUACAAGAAAUAUCACAGCCAGUUGGAUCUCCUGAUUUCAACUGUCGCCUCUUCUCAGGCACCCAUGCGCGGGUACUUGGCGCUCAUGAAGAGGAGGGGAACUUUGGUGCACGUGGGAAAUCCCGAUGAUGGGCAGUUCUCCGUUCCACCUGGCUCGCUCAUUACCAAGUCGUUGAACUUUGCCGGCUCAUGUAUCGGAUCCGCUGCAGAGGUCAGGGAGAUGCUGCAGCUAGCCGCAGAGAAGGAUAUCAAGGCAUGGGUAGAGGAGCGACCGAUGAAGGAUGCAAACCAAGCGAUCCUCGACAUCGAAGCCGGCAAGCCUCGGUAUAGAUACUGUCUAGUCAACCAGGAGCAAGUCAAACUCUGA